GAGGGAUUCACAAUACCCAGUUUACAGGGACAUAGCAUUACUUUAAAAUUAUCUAAAUUAUACAACAAUGAAAAGCAUAGAUUUUCGCACACAUGUACAAUAUUAUCCUCACUACGAGCGAACUCGUAAGGCAAGGCACAAACCAGGGGCUUACUUCUGUACAAACUCUCGCCAAAACACGUGCCUGUGCUUUCCCCUGCACUUCCUCACUGGUAACCGGCGUUACUACCGAAUCGAUACCGGGGCCGAUAAAGCAGUCUUGACUAUCUUCAUACCAGCAGCAGUACAAAAAGCAUAGUCCAUAAGUAUCUAUACACGUACUGAACUUAAGACCAUCCUACUGCCAACUCCGUCUCUUCACAGCGCUGCCAGCACCCCUGUUCACCGGAAGCCAUUUUGUGCGUAACCGACAACCACAGGCGCCGGCGGAAGGUUGCGCGCAUAACGACACGUCCCCUCCAUCACAACCUGCCGCCAUUUUAUGGGAUUUGAGCCGGUUUCUUUGCACCGCGCCGAGUUUCAUCUUUUGACGUAGACGAUAAAGCAAAACGAAAAGCGUAAUCCCGCUCACGCCUCUCCACAAAACACCCAGCGGGUGGGCUCACGAUAAAAUCGUGAGGGUUAAAGCAAACGUGGCUCGGCAGAUGCACUAUGAUGUUAAAACGGCUAAAAGCAUUUCCCUCGUCCCUCAGCUAAACGAGAUCGUUGCCUUGAACGCCGUUGCUAUCUACGCGAAAAGGCAGAACAGAUCUCUCCAUCUCGUCGUAGGACGUGCAACUCAAGAGCGCUCUUGUUCAGCGAUGUGAGACAGUCCAAGCCACGCCCAGUGCGGCGGGGCUGGUACCGCCUCCUCCUCCCUGUUCCUGAUGUCGGACUUGGAGUCGCUGCUGUAGCUGGGAGCCCUCCGGUGCGUCCGGAACUGCUUGUUUUAAGAUGCGUAUAGUUAAGAAUGAAACCAGAGAGAUGCUGUUGUGGACACGAUCUUAAUGUCAUCUUGGCUUCCUGUUUAAAAAACAAUAGGCUGGCAUUUUUCAAGAAACAGCAAUAAAGUGAUGACCAGAUGCCAGGUGCCAGCUGCCCUUAUUUACCAGAUCGAACAAGAACUGGAUAAAGAAGAGGAAGAGAUGAUGGUUUUCCUGUGCCGAGACCUUGCUCCUGACUUGGCCACGGCAGAGCUUAGAGAGCUCUUAGUGGCUUUGAAUGAGAGGGAGAAAUUGUCCUUUUUUGGCUUAUCAGAGCUGUUGUACAGAAUUAAGAGGUUUGACUUGCUGAGGAGGAUCUUGAAGACUGAGAAAGCAACAGUGGAAGCUAACCUCGCCAGGAGUCUCAAGCUUGUCCCUGAUUACAGGGUACUAAUGGUAGAGAUUAAUGAGGAUCUGGAAAAAGAAGAAGUGGGUUCUCUUAUUUUUCUACUCAGAGAUUACACUCCGCGUAUGAAAAUGGCAAAAGACAAGAGUUUUCUAGCUCUUGUGAUUGACCUGGAGAAACUAAAUUUGGUGGCUCCUAAUCAACUGGAUUUGAUAGAAAAUUGUUUUCGAAGUAUUCGCCGGAUAGACCUGAUUAGGAAGAUUCAGAAAUACAAACACGAAGCUUCAAUGUCCUCCAUUCAUUCUCAGCCACUAUAUAUAAAUGCACUUCAGGCAUCUCUCCCUAAUCUCAAUCUGAUUGAUCCUCCUUAUAAUUCUGGGAUCCGGAAUGUGAACAAAGAAGAAUCACAAACUGGACAAAGUCUUACUCUGGCAGAACCAGUCCGCAUGUCUAUUCAGGAAUCGGGACCAGUGUCACAUAAGGUAUAUCAGUACAGAAUGCAAAGUCAGCCUUUAGGAAUAUGCCUGAUCAUAGACUGUAUUGGCAAUGACACAGAUAUGUUGGAAGAGACCUUCAGGGCCUUAGGCUAUGACGUUCAUUGUCACAGAUACUUAAACAUGAACAUCAUGAAUCAAACAUUGCUUGAAGUUGCAAGGUUGCAGAAGCACAGAAAUUGUGACAGCUUCGUUUGCAUACUGGUCAGCCGUGGAAGUCCUCAGAGCAUCUUCUGUACAGACCAUACAUUUUCUGGAUUCCCUCUGGAGCAAAUAAAGAAAUACUUUACAGCAGACUCAUGUCCUGAACUCCUAGGAAAACCAAAGCUUUUUUUUAUUCAGAGCUACAUUGUGCCAGAAAAUGAGCAAGAAUAUACUAGUCUUUUGGAAGUAGAUGGAAAUUAUGAGAAAAUCAUUGCUAAUGCAAAAAUCCCUUCAAAAGUCACUAUCCCCCAAGUAGCAGACAUCUUUUGGAGUCAGUGCAAGGUGGAUGUGUGUACACUACAAAAAUCUCCAAGUUCAUCCUCAUAUUACCUACGUUGUUUGUCUGAUCUACUCCGCAAUCCUCAUAAAAGGAAACUCUCUAUAUUAGAUAUCCAUACGGAACUGAACAGAAGAGUCUAUGAAUGGAAUAAGACCACUGACCCAAGCCAACAAUACUCACUUCUGCUCCAGCACACACUGAGGAAGAAACUUUUUCUUUCUCCCGUCUAACUGCUGCUGGAAAGGACAAGUCUGAAUUAGCUACUAAGAACCACAAAAUAUGAUCCAGUUUCACACAUACUUUAUGCAUUGCUAUUGCACAUACAUCUAAAACACCUAUUGCUUCCAAACCCAGGGAUUUAGAAGUAUUUUGGUAUGUUAAGGCACUAAAUACUGUAUUUCAAUACAGAAGGCAGCUAUCACAGAGCACUGCCACAGAUCUUACAACUAAAUACAACAGGUAAAGAGGAUGGAA